AUGAAAUCAGUUAUUCUAACUCCCAACUCCUCCCUCAGAUCUACCACCACAAUAGAACUCAACCAAUCAGAAACCCGGGAUAGCUAUUAUUUUCCAGGAUGUCGAAAAGAUGCGAGCUGUAAAUGUGAAAUCUGCAUUGCCAGCAUCAAUUCCACUCUUGAUUUGAUUCCGCAAAGCAUUAGCAAAAGCUCACUCACCAAACGUUAUCCCUCAAAACAAAUGAUUCCAAGAAGCCCAGCGUCUGUUAACAAAGCAUCUCUUCUUUUAUCGACGCCCAAAUCUAAAUCGAGUGUUCCAGUUCGAUCUUUCUCUGCUUCACCACCGCUGAAUUCCACCGCAAGAACGAGUUUUCAAGAAAAGAUUAAGAGAAGAAAGAGAGAAUUGGGAUAUGGGGUUUUCAUGGUGAGGUUGAUAUUGUGUUUCAUCAUAAUUUUUGCUGCAGAAUAUGGGUUCUCGCGUAUGGUUUAUGGUGUUUUAAAGCCCAAAUUGUCAUCUGAUAUUGUUAAGAAUUUGGGUGAAAAAUCAUGGGUUUUCGAGGACUUUAAUGAAAGAUUCUUGUUCUUGAAGGAUGAGUUACAGGGCUUUGUUGAUAAUAAGGUUUCUACUUGUAUUGAUUCAGUAUGGAAAAUUAAUCAGGAUGGUUUGCUGUUGAAUUCGCAAUGUACAUUGUACAAAUCCUCCACAGAGGAGGUGAGCAUUUGGGGAUGGCCAUUGCAAACCGCUGGAUUGCUCACAGCAGAAUUCUCUUCAAGAUCAUUCACAGUUAUAUCGGGAAGAGUUACAGAGUGGUCUAAUGGAGGAGAGUUGAGGUACCUGAUGGAGAAGACCAACAGUUCAUGGACACAAGGAAAAUGGAGUGCCAAUGCAGUGCAAUUUGAUCCAAAUACUUGGCUUCUCGAGUAUCAGCAAAACUUUCUCAUGGAAAAUGCAAGAUUAGUUUCAGCAUCUGUGGAGUUCUUAAAAUUUAGGCUACUUAGAGAGUUUGAAAAGAUGAAGCAAGAAUUUUGGCUACUCUAUGCUUUUGGAAGCCAAUUUGCUGAUUAUAGAGUCAAGAGUAUCCCAAUCCCUACUUGA